GUAGUUAUGUUCGAUGAUGCAGAAAACAUGGCUUCCUCAAUCACUCCAACUAGAUGGGAAGAAUUGAGGAAGAAAGCGCGACAGCUUGAAAACGAAAUAGAUUUGAAACUUGUCUCCUUCAGCAAAUUAGGAACAAACUACAGUCAGCGUGAUGGCUAUAAAGAGAGUUCGGAUACAUCGCCGCUUUUAAACAGUUCAUCGAGUGAACGACUUUUUGAAACUAUGGGACUGGAAAUUGAACAACUUUUAUCCAAGUUGACAGAAGUCAAUGACUCAAUGGCUGAAUAUACUGCUGGCUUCAACUUGGGCCAACCUAAUGCCACACAGCUCCACACAUUACAGAGACAUAGGGAUAUUCUACAGGGUUACUCACAUGAAUUUUCAAAAACAAAGGCUAAUAUCCAGGCUUUCAGAGACAGAGAAGAUUUAUUGGGAUCUGUCCACAGAGAUAUCAAUGCAUACAAGACUGGCAUGAACAGAAGAACAGAUCUCUACCUAAAAGAAAAUGAACAUAUUAGAAAUUCAGAUCGACUGGCAGAUGACGUGAUAGGUGUUGCAUUGGCCACCAAAGAAAAUCUUCAGAGUCAAAGAGGUGUUCUUCAUGGUGUCACCAGCCGAUUAAGUGCUGUCACUACUCGUUUUCCUGCUCUUAAUAGUUUAAUUCAGCGUAUAAAUGUCAGGAAAAGACGAGAUUCUAUUAUACUGGCUAGUGUUAUCUCCAUAUGCAUCAUUCUAAUGCUCAUUUAUGCCCUCGGAUGAAUACUUAUCAGUGCUAUGGAUUCGAUUUGCAAUGAUCUGAAGCUAUGUCUGAUAUGAACAACAACCCCUAUAUCCUAGCUGAUUUUGAUUAAUUUAUGGCAACACGAAUGAUGAAACUUGGAUUAGUGGGGUGUGUGAUCAUCCCAACAUAUUAUCAUCAUUGUAUGCCUGCGUUCCAACAAGAAUUGAAAGAAAGAAAGAAAUUUAAGUGGCAAGAACCAACAAAGAUGAACUUCACAAAAAGGGAAAUGCAAUCAGGGUAUUAUUGCCCUCAUUAUUGUCAUCAGCAAGCUACAUAAGUAGCACAUUUUUCAACUGAAUGUCAAAAGUAAUCAGGGAUUGCACUGGUUUUGCUUUACUUUGCUCUGUUAUUGGUCUAGAAAACUUGAGCCAUUCUCUCAACCACCAGAUGCACAACAAAUUCCUGCUCUUAAUUCAGUUUGGUUUUACUUUGAGUUCUCAUUGGCUCUUAAAGGUGUUUACCUUUCCUCUGAUUGGUGGUUGUGAUUACUACAGUUUUGGUUUUUUAACACUAAAUUUUAAAGGGCUCAAUAGUGUACCACUUGAAUGAUUGAUAAAGGACUCGCAAAUACUGUUUGUGACUCAUUUGGUUCAUAUGUGAAGAAAAGAUGAUAACAAACAUUUUCUGGUUGAUCAUGCUGUGUGUAAGAGGGUAUUUGAGUUGGGAGAUAAGAAAAACUUAACAAUUACUUGUAACACAGAGUUAAGGUGUGGAGGCUGUUUUAACUGACAGUAUAAAUUGUGGCAAUCAAAACUAUUGUAUAAUGAAUGAAGGGCACUAGGUCAAUAAGGCACUCAAAUUGUGUACUAGUGGUGUAAAGUGACAUGGCAUCAUAACUUAUCAAAUUUCCACUCAUACAGUAGUUGUAAAUAAUUCAAUAAAUAACAGUGAGAUA